CCUGGGUUCCCGCGCCCGCUUGGCUGUCGCUGCACUGUGUACAGCGGUGGGUUCCCCGCACUGACCCACCCGGCCGCUUUCUCUUCGCUUUGCAGGUCUCCGCAGCAGCAGCAGCACCAGCAUGUCCUCCUCCGGCCCUGCCGCCGACGGCGACGGCGCCCCGGCCCAGCCCGCGGCCGACCCCGAAGAGCCCGACCUGCCCGAGCGCCGGGAGCAAAGUGAGGACGACCAGGAGGACGAAGAAGAGGAGGAGGAGGAGGAAGACGACGAGGAGGACGAUGAGGAAGAGAAAGAAAAAAGCCUCAUUGUGGAAGGCAAGAGGGAAAAGAAAAAGGUGGAAAGAUUGACAAUGCAAGUGUCUUCCUUGCAAAGAGAGCCGUUUACAAUUGCACAAGGAAAGGGACAGAAACUUUGUGAAAUUGAAAGGAUACAUUUCUUCCUCAGCAAGAAGAAAACCGAUGAACUCCGAAACCUGCAUAAACUGCUUUACAACAGACCAGGCACUGUGUCUUCAUUAAAGAAGAACGUGGGUCAAUUUAGUGGCUUUCCGUUUGAAAAAGGAAGUACCCAGUAUAAGAAGAAGGAAGAAAUGUUGAAAAAAUUUAGAAAUGCCAUGCUCAAGAAUAUCUGUGAGGUUCUUGAUUUGGAGAGGUCAGGCGUAAACAGUGAACUGGUGAAGAGGAUCUUAAAUUUUCUGAUGCAUCCAAAGCCUUCUGGCAAGCCAUUGCCAAAAUCUAAAAAAUCUUCUAGCAAGGGUAGCAAAAAGGAACGGAAUAGUUCUGGAGUAGCAAGGAAAGCUAAGAGAACCAAAUGUCCUGAAAUACUGUCAGAUGAAUCUAGCAGUGACGAAGAUGAAAAGAAAAAGAAAGAAGAGUCUUCAGAUGAUGAAGAUAAAGAAAGUGAAGAGGAGCCACCAAAGAAGACAUCUAAAAAGGAAAAACCUAAGCCGAAAACCACUUCUAAAAGUAAAAAGUCAGCCAAAAAUGCUAAUGUUAAAAAGGCAGAUAGCAGCACCACUAAGAAGAACCAAAAUAGUUCCAAAAAAGAAAGUGAAUCUGAGGAUAGUUCAGAUGAUGAACCUUUAAUUAAAAAACUGAAGAAGCCUCCCACGGAUGAAGAGAUCAAGGAAACAGUGAAGAAAUUACUGGCCAACGCCAACCUGGAGGAAGUGACAAUGAAGCAGAUUUGCAAAGAGGUAUAUGAAAAUUAUCCUGCUUAUGAUUUAACUGAAAGAAAAGAUUUCAUUAAAACAACCGUUAAAGAGGUAACUAUCUACUUUUUCCUAGAGGACCGAGACAGAAGCCUAUUCCCAUGGAUUUGAAGAUCGGAUUUAUACGAUCAUACCAGCAAAGAGAAUGUAUUUACUUUUCUAAAUCCUUGCAAGCGUUGUGUUUGUAAAAUUUAAUGCUGACCUUUUCAUUUCGAGUGUUACUUAAGUUUGCUGUUUUAAAUUGCAUUUCUCUGCAGUUUUUAGUUUCAAGUUUUGCAUGGUAGUAAUUGUUCCUUGCUUUUAUAGUUGUAUUUUGUACAUUUUUUUAUUUCCUUGUAGAAGGUUAUAGAUUUCUGAGCGGUUGCCGUUUUUAGUGAGCUUCUUAUUAGCUUAAAGCAUACUUGUAAUCAAAUAGAACAGGAAGUAUUAUAAUAGCAAUUAACAUGCAGAGACAGUUGCAGUAUUUCGUAUAUGAAAUUAUUUUGAAUACACAUCUGGCUGUGUGUUCAUCAUAGUAAAUUCAUACAAGCUUUAGCUGUCCAGAUGACUUAACCAGAACUUCACUCCUGCAUGUGUAUAUAAGUCGGAGUGUCAGCAUGACGGAAGUGAAAGAUGUUAUUUUUGUAUUUUUAAGACAAAUUUGUUGUACAUAGUUUUUUUAUUUCUUUUGUGCAGAUCAAUUUUUAAAACUCAUGGGUAUCUUUACAUGAAAUGUCAGUGUUCAGCCAGAUGGUGUAACAGGGCAGUGAGCAUCAGAAUUCAGUGAAGAAAAUGCUGGGGGGAAAUGGAUGGUUCUCUGCUUUGCCUGGGAAAGUGUCAUCGACUGUAGUUUUAGUGUUAACUCUGCAAGUG